AUGUCCCGCAUCAACAUCAGCUCCGGCUCCCAGAUGGAGGCCCAGAUGGCCUACUCCCGCGCCGUCGUUGUAGAUGACUGGAUCAUGCUUUCCGGCACCACAGGAUACAAUUACCAGACGGGCGAGAUUUCUGAUGACCUGGUUGAGCAGGCAGAGCAGGUGCUGGCCAAUAUCAACAAGGUUCUGACUGAAGCCGGCUCUUCCAUGUCGGAUGUCGUGAGGGUCGUGUAUAUCCUCCCAGACCGCAAGGAGUUCCCCAAGAUCUGGCCAGUGUUGAGAAAGUGGUUUGGAGAUGUUCUUCCAGCGAGCAUGAUGUUCGAGGCCACUCUGUACACGGACGAGAUGAAGGUCGAGAUGGAAGUGACUGCCAAAAAGGGGUGCGGCAAGAAACGCUCAGCAGCUUUGUAA